AUGGCUGUCAACAGAGAUGUAUACAUCGUUGGGAUAACUUGCGGAGACGCGGGAAUAGCUGUAAAGCUUACAUUUUCCACCGCUCGUGCUGGAAAGAAUAUUGUAUGGGAAUAUUCACCAAGGCUAACCACCGGCACCAUCGUCGCACUGACCCCGGCAAAUGACAUGUUCAAAUCAAAAUGCAUUGUCGCUGUUGUUGCUGCUAGGCCUCUGGACGACUUGAAAAAGAAUCCAGCGGAAAUAGAUAUAUUCUAUACACGAGCUGAGGAUGCAGAGUUUGACCCCCAACUGGAGUUUGUGAUGAUAGAAGCUAGAAGCGGCUAUUAUGAGGCAUCGCGGCAUACAUUAACCGCGUUGCAGAAAAUGGCAAGGGAAGGCUUCCCAUUCUCGGAAUACUUAUGUGAUCUUCAGCCUAAUAUUGAACCCCCCGAAUACGUCAAGCUGAAUCCGUUCAUUGACAUGUCUGCUAUCGUUGAAGAGGGUGAAAAAGUGGAUGUUCUUAACAACUGGCCACCUCCUCCUGAAUCUCUGGAUUCUUCUCAGUGGAAUGCGCUACGCCAAAUUCUCACGAAAAGAUUGGCUAUCGUACAAGGUCCGCCGGGAACCGGCAAAACUCAUGUCUCCGUCAUUGCAUUGAGAUUGCUCCUUGCAACCAUACCCUCCACCGAUCCACCCAUUAUCAUCGCGGCUCAGACAAAUCACGCACUGGACCAGUUGCUUCGCCAUGUUGCGUUGUUCGAAAUGAAUUAUGUUCGGCUUGGUGGAAGGAGCACGGAUAUGGACAUAAAAAAGCGGACUAUCUUCGAGUUAAGGAAAGCCAACCCUAUUCCAAUAAUCCCAGGCGGGUUAUUCGGUCCAUCCAAGAAACGGCUAAAGGAGCUGGCCGAGAACAUCUUCAAACUCCUCGAGCCGUUUGCCCCAGGCAACUCUAAGUCGCCGAUACCGGCAGCACAACUGCUCAAAUUGAAUAUCAUUUCUCAAUUGCAGUAUGAUUUGGUGGUCAAAGGGGCUGAGGGGUGGGUUCAUGGGGGUGAUCAAGUGGAACCUCUUUCUGCCUGGCUCGGAGAUAGAAAAGUCAAAUUCGAAGUAGUUUACCAAGCAAACAACUUUGGUUUUGUUGAGGAUGACAUCGAUCUUGAAUACGAGCAGCUCAAAGAACUGGAAAUGGAACAAGGUCUUGAUGAGGAAGACUCCGAAUAUUUGAGGGGUCCAUAUAUGUCGUUAAUGGAGCAAGUUAGAGGACACAGCCUUUCCGCAGCAGCAGCAGAGGCUUUGCGAGCCCGGUAUUUAGAGUACGACGAUCUCUGGAAAGUUCCUUCGCGCGACCGUGGGGGAGUUUAUUCGAUAUUUCAAAAACUUGCGAAGGCAGCCAUUCGAGCCUUGUUUCGUUCCUUUGCGAAGAGAUACGAAAUGGCCGCUGAGAAUCUUAAAACUGGGAAGUGGGAGUUAAAUUCGACAAUUAUUCAAUCUGCAAGGGUUGUGGGCAUGACGACAACCGGCCUAAGCAAAUAUCGCGCGCUUAUUUCGAGCGUAAAGCCAAAGAUAUUAUGA